CAAUACGUAGAAAUUAAGUAACUGUUUAAAGAGUUAAUACAGUUGUACAUUAAUUUUUAGUUUAAACUUCUUGAAAAUCUCCUCAAAAUAAGGCCGGAGUGAGUGAGGACGUCCCUUUUGGUGAAUUAAAUCCCUCCGUCCUCGCUGGGAGGAGCUGAGACGUGAGUGAGGGAAGCGAGGAGCCACGUUAGCCAAAUGAAAAACAGCCAAUAACCUUUAAACCUGCUCCUCUGCCUGGAAUGAAUCAGCACUUGAUAAGCCCUCCCUCUUCUUCCUGCUCUCAAACACAACAAGCUCCACUCUGUGCUCAUAUCUCCUUGUUCCCUCCCCUUCAGAUCUAUAGUUUGCAGAUGGGUGUAACCAACAUGUAAUGUAGUACAAGAGCUGUCAGGCUGCAUUUACUGCAGAAACACAUAUUGUUAGAUCAAAGUUCAAACUUGUGUCACUUCUCAGGAAGUGAACCUUAGACAGUCGUUGCCACUGAGAGCUGAAAUGGAGCAGAAAGGAGAUCAGCUGGACCGAGAAACCUUCUCUUGUUCGAUCUGUCUGGAUCUACUGAAGGAUCCGGUGACUAUUCCCUGUGGACACAGUUACUGCAUGAACUGUAUUAAAACACACUGGGAUGGAGAGGAUCAGAGGAAGAUCUACAGCUGCCCUCAGUGCAGACAGACCUUCACACCGAGGCCUGUCCUGAUGAAAAACACCAUGUUAGCAGCUUUAGUGGAGCAGCUGAAGAAGACUGGACUCCAAGCUGCUCCUGCUAAUCACUGCUAUGCUGGACCUGAAGAUGUGGCCUGUGAUGUCUGCACUGGGAGGAAGCGGAAAGCCCUCAAGUCCUGUCUGACUUGUCCGGCCUCUUACUGUGAGAAUCAUCUUCAGCCUCAUUAUGAUGCAGCUCCGUUAAAGAAACACAAGCUGGUCAACCCCUCGGAGAAGCUCCAGGAGAACAUCUGCUCUCGUCAUGAUGAGGUGAUGAAGAUGUUCUGCCGUACUGAUCAGCAGAGUAUCUGUUAUCUCUGCUCUAUGGAUGAACAUAAAGGCCACGACACAGUCUCAGCUGCAGCAGUGAGGACUGAGAGGCAGAGAGAGCUCGAGGUGAGUCGACAACAAAUCCAGCAGAGAAUCCAGGACAGAGAGAAAGAUGUGAAGCUGCUUCAACAGGAGGUGGAGGCCGUCAGUCGCUCUGCUGAUAAAGCAGUGGAGGACAGUGAGAAGAUCAUCACUGAGCUGAUCCGUCUCAUCCAGAAAAGAAGCUCUGAUGUGAAGCAGCAGAUCAGAUCCCAGCAGGAAACUGAGGUGAGUCGAGUCAAAGAGCUUCAGGAGAAGCUGAAGCAGGAGAUCACUGAGCUGAAGAGGAAGGACGCUGAACUGAAGAAGCUCUCACGCACAGAGGAUCACACCCAGUUUCUACACAACUACCCCUCACUGUCACAACUCAGUGCAUCUACAGACUCAUCCAGCAUCAAUAUCCGUCCUCUGAGAUACUUUGAGGAUGUGACAGCAGCUGUGUCAGAGCUCAAAGAUAAACUACAGGACAUCCUGAGGGAGAAUUGGACAAACAUCUCACUGACAGUGACUGAAGUGAACGUUUUACUGCCACAACCAGGACCCAAGACCAGAGCUGAGUUCUUAAAAUAUUCAUGUGAAAUCACUCUGGAUCCAAACACAGCAAACACAUGGCUGUUAUUAUCUGAGGGGAACAGAAAAGCAGAACGAAUGAAACAACAACAGUCUUAUUCUAGUCACCUAGACAGAUUCAUUAAUAACGUUCAGGUCCUGAGUAGAGAGAGUCUGACUGGACGUUGUUACUGGGAGGUGGAGUGGAGAGGGGAAGGAGUUGAGGUAGCAGUCGUAUACAAGAAUAUCAACAGAGCAGGAAGCUCAAAGGAAUGUAGAUUUGGACGUAAUGACAAAUCUUGGAUGUUAUAUUGUGACACUAACAGUUAUACAUUUUGGUUCAACAACAUCUCAACUUCUGUCUCAGGUCCUGGUUCCUCCAGAGUAGGAGUGUACCUGGAUCACAGUGCAGGUAUUCUGUCCUUCUACAGCGUCUCUGAAACCAUGACUCUCCUCCACAGAGUCCAGACCACAUUCACUCAGCCUCUCUAUGCUGGACUUUGGCUUUGUUAUAAUGAAGCCACAGCUGAGUUGUGUAAACUCAAAUAGACAGAAGUCAUUUCAGACUUAAUGUGUCAGAUUCUGUU